AUGCCCUCCCAGGAACAUCCUCCUCCUCAGGGUGGCCAACAGCAUCAGCAACAACGGACAUUCCAGCAGGGACCCCCCGACAGGAAUCAAUACCCCCCUAAUUCGAUCCCCCUCCGCGACCUGCAGCACCAUCAACAUCAGCAACACCAGCAGCCACAGUCACAGCCGAUACACCUUCAGACGAACCAGUUCAACAACCACCACUAUGGCGCUGGACUCGGCGGUGUUGACUCGGACGACGAAGGUACGUACGCACAGCCAGGGUUUCUCAACCAGCGGGACACGGUCUACUCGCUGUCUUCGCAACAGUCCCUCUUCCACAACCAGGAGUCGCACAACAACGAUGUGCGCCCCUUCGCUAACAUGAGCAGGAACGCAUCCAGAGACCCCGUCAUUGACAAGGGCAAAGGACGACACCAUGGCGGGCCCUCCGAAUCUGACUCGGACAACUUCAGCGACUCGCGCUCAGAACGCGUCUUCUCCUCAGGCUCACUCCCCGGCGCAGACAUCGACCUCUUUGGUCCCUUCAGAGGCCCUGACGAUGGCCGCUACACCGGCUACUCCCCUUCCUCAGCCGCACUCCUCUCGCUGCUCGAACACAAGAAGAGCCCGAUGGCUGGCCUCCAGUACCGUUACGACAACACCUCUUCCCCAUCAGCACCUGGCAGCAACGUCUUUGUUGAUCCUAAAUCUCAACCCCCUGCUGACCAAUACCCCUCAUGGACCAUCGAAAAAGGCGUGCCCCUUACCCGACAAGAGAUCGAUGGCAUCAUGCUGGACUUGACUCGAAAGUUUGGCUUCCAGAUUGACAGUAUGCGCAAUCAGUACGACGCCUUCAUGACGAUGCUCGACUCGAGGGCGUCUCGCAUGUCCCCAGCCCAGGCUUUGACGACCAUUCACGCGGAUUACAUCGGAGGAGAGAACGCCAACUACCGCAAGUGGUACUUUGCAGCACAGCUGGAUCUGGACGACCACAUGGGAUAUCACUCCGCUCCCCUCAAGAACAAGAAAGUCAACCGCAACUCAAUGGUACCUCAGCCUGGUGCAGUCAACAUUGAGACCCACGACUCCCUCGCCAUGGCGGAGCAGCACUGGAAGGCUAGGAUGAACCAGAUGUCCCAUUUUGACCGUGCCCGCCAGGUUGCCCUUUACCUGCUCCUCUGGGGUGAAGCCUCGCAGAUCCGAUUCUUGCCCGAGUGUCUCUGCUUCAUCUACAAGUGCGCCGAAGACUACUAUCUCUCGCCCGAUUGCCAGCGGAUGGUCAAGCCUGUCCCUGAGGGCCAGUAUCUCCGCACGGUCAUCCUGCCUUUGUACCGUUUCAUCCGUGAUCAAGGUUAUGAGGUUCAAGGCGGCAGAUACGUGAAGCGAGAACGUGACCACAACUCUGUCAUCGGUUACGACGAUAUCAACCAGUCUUUCUGGAGCCCCGAAGGUAUCGAACGGAUCUGUCUGCGGGACAAGGUCCGGUUAGUCGAUAUUCACAUUGGCAGAAGAUGGGGCGCUCUUGGACACGUCGACUGGGACUCGUCUUUUAGAAAGACUUACAUCGAGAAGCGCACCUGGCUCCACUUGGCUGUCAACUUUACACGAAUCUGGAUUAUCCACGUGGUCAUGUACUGGUACUACACCGCCUACAACGCGCCUUUCCUCUACAUGAACGACACGACUGACCAGUCAGGAGGAGUCCAGUGGUCAAUUGUUGGUCUCGGAGGGGCUAUUGCUACCUUGAUCAUGUUGCUCGGCGUCUUUUGCGAGUUCAUGUUCAUCCCUCUCACCUGGUCCAACUCGGCGAUGCUCAUCCAGAGGUUGAUCCUUCUCAUCAUCGUCCUGCUCCUGAACGUCGCCCCCGCUAUUUACGUCUGCCUCUUCAACCGCACCGGUGACACCUCCUUGUACGUCGGAAUCGGUCACUUUGCCGUGUCAUUGAUCACCACCAUCGUCUUUGCUAUCGUUCCCUCGAACCAGCUUUUUGGUGGCAACUCCAAGACAUCGCGCAAGAAUCUCGCAUCCCAGACUUUUACCGCCUCCUUCCCCAAGCUCAAGGGAUCCGAGCGUGCUCUCUCCAUUUUCCUUUGGGCCUUGGUGUUUGGAUGCAAGUUAACCGAGUCAUAUUUCUUCCUGGCGGGGUCUUUCAAGGACCCGCUUAUGACCCUCUAUAACGAGCGUAUUCCCCUCUGCCAGGACAAGUACUUGGGCGACACCAUGUGCAGGAUCAUGCCAGUGUUGACCAUUGGCAUCAUGUUCAUUGUCGACUUGGUCCUGUUCUUCUUGGACACCUAUCUCUGGUAUGUCAUCUGGAACACCGUCUUCUCUGUCUGCUACUCCUUCAAGCUCGGAAUUUCGGUUUGGACUCCUUGGCGUAACGUCUUUUCUCGCCUUCCCAAGCGCAUCUACGCUAAGCUCUUGGCAACAGCCGACAUGGACGUCAGAUACAAGCCCAAAGUCCUUUGCUCUCAGAUCUGGAACGCCGUGGUCAUUUCCAUGUAUCGUGAGCACAUCCUAUCGAUCGAGCACGCUCAGCGGAUGCUUUAUCAGCAGGUGCCCUCAGAGAACGGAAGCAAGAUCUCGCUCAAGACACCCACUUUCUUCAUCGCCCAGGAGGAUUCGUCCAUCAAAGCCGAGUUUUACCCCCGCCGUUCCGAGGCCGAGCGUCGCGUCAACUUUUUCGCCCAGUCUCUUGCUACUCCAAUCCCCGAACCACUGCCCGUCGACCAGAUGCCCACAUUCACUGUGUUGGUCCCUCACUAUUCUGAAAAGACCCUGUUGUCGCUUCGCGAGAUUAUCAGGGAGGAGGACCAGAGCACCCGUGUGACCCUGUUGGAGUACUUGAAACAGCUUCACCCAGUCGAGUGGGACAACUUUGUCAGGGACACCAAGAUCAUGGCUGAGGAAUCAUCAUUGUUUAACGGCGCCAGCGGAUUUGGACUCUCAGCAUUUGACUCGGACAAGGAGCACAGGGCUGACGACAAGAACAACGACGACCUUCCCUUCUACAGUAUUGGAUUCAAGACCGCUUCGCCUGAGUUCACCCUUCGCACCCGUAUUUGGGCUUCACUUCGCGCCCAGACCUUGUACCGUACUGUGUCUGGAUUCAUGAACUACGCCAAGGCCAUCAAGUUGCUCUACCGUAUCGAGAACCCUGAGGUGGUUCACCAGUUUGGUGGCAACGGCGAUCGUCUGGAACGGGAACUGGAUCGAAUCUCUCAGCAAAAGUUUAAGUUUGUGGUCUCGAUGCAGCGGUACACCAAGUUCAGCAAGGAGGAGGCUGAAAACGCGGAGUUCCUGCUCCAGACUUACCCCUCGUUGCAGAUCGCCUACCUGGACGAGCGACCACCUGAGGCUGAAGGCGAGGAGCCUAUUGUCUACUCGGUGUUGAUUGACGGCAAGUGCGAGAUCCUCCCUGAUGGCAAGCGUCGACCCCGGUUCAGAAUCCGUCUUCCUGGUAACCCCAUUCUCGGAGACGGCAAGUCUGACAACCAGAACCAUGCCAUCAUCUUUACCCGGGGCGAGUAUAUCCAGCUGGUGGAUGCCAACCAGGACAACUACUUGGAGGAAGCCCUCAAGAUCCGCAACGUCCUUGGAGAGUUUGAGCAGCUUCACACCCCUCCCACCUCGCCUUACUCCCCUCAGAUGUCGUCGGAUGAUGUCCCUGAGCCUGUUGCGAUUGUUGGAGCCCGCGAGUACAUUUUCUCGGAGAACAUUGGAGUCCUUGGGGACGUUGCGGCCGGAAAGGAGCAGGUCUUUGGAACGUUGACCCAGCGCAUGAUGGCCAAGAUUGGUGGCAAACUGCAUUACGGACACCCCGAUUUCCUCAACUUUAUCUUCAUGACCACUCGCGGAGGCGUGAGUAAGGCGCAGAAGGGUCUUCAUUUGAACGAGGAUAUCUAUGCAGGUAUGACGGCGUUCAACCGUGGAGGCAGAAUCAAGCACACGGAGUAUUACCAGUGCGGCAAGGGUCGUGAUCUAGGAUUUGGCUCGAUCCUCAACUUCAACACCAAGAUUGGUACAGGAAUGGGAGAGCAGAUGUUGUCGCGCGAGUACUACUACCUCGGAACACAGCUGCCUCUGGAUCGCUUCCUCACCUUUUACUACGCCCAUCCCGGAUUCCACAUCAACAACAUCUUUAUUAUGCUGUCGGUCCAGCUGUUCAUGUUCUCGAUGCUUUUUAUUGGAUCGAUGGCGUCAUCGGUCACUGUUUGCGCGGAUGUUGCCGAGGAAGGGUGCAUGAACCUGGUCCCUGUCUUUGACUGGAUUAAGCGCUGUGUCCUCUCGAUCUUUAUUGUCUUCUUUAUCGCCUUCCUGCCGCUUUUCCUGCAGGAGUUCAUGGAGCGUGGAUUCGUCCGCAGUCUGAUCCGUCUUGGCAAGCAGUUUAUGUCGAUGUCACCCCUGUUUGAGGUCUUUGUGACUCAGAUCUAUGCCAACUCGAUCUUGACCAACUUGUCGUUCGGAGGAGCUCGUUACAUCGCUACAGGACGUGGAUUUGCCACGACUCGUACCCCCUUUGCGCUGCUCUACUCCAGAUUCGCCGGCCCCUCGCUGUACUUGGGUAUGAGGACGCUGAUCAUGCUCAUCUUUGCAUCGAUGACGAUGUGGGUCCCUCACCUGAUCUACUUUUGGGUCUCGGUCAUUGCGCUGGUCAUCUCGCCUUUCCUCUUCAAUCCUCACCAGUUCUCGUUCUCAGAGUUCUUCCUCGACUACCGCGAGUUCUUGCGCUGGCUCUCUCGCGGGAACUCUCGCACACACGUCUCGUCCUGGAUCUCAUACUGCCGCACCCUCCGCACUCGGAUUACAGGAUACAAGCGCAAGCGUCUGGGUCACCCCUCGGAGAAGCUUGGAGGCGAUAUCCCCAAGGCCAACUUUUGGGUCAUUUUCGUCUCGGAACUUGUGUUCCCGUUGAUCCAGGUGUUUAUGUGCGUGGUCUGCUACAUGUUUGUCCGGUCCUUUGCCACGUCCGACGGCAACGGUACUGCUGUUUAUACCAGUGGUCUUCUCCGAGUCGGAGUCUUUGCGCUUGCACCCCUGGCGGUCAACGCGGCAGUUCUGGCAGUUCUCUUUGCGAUCUCUCUCCUGCUGGGCCCGUGCAUGAACAUGUGCUGCGUCAAGUUUGGAUCAAUCAUGGCGGCGAUUGCUCACGCGGUGGCGGUGUUGACGUUACUCGGAUUCUUCGAGGCACUCUGGGCACUCGAGGCCUGGAACGCCUCGCACGCGGUUCUGGGAAUCAUUGCCGCUAUCUCUGUGCAGCGAUUCGUGUUCAAGAUACUGAUUGCUGUCUUCCUGACGAGAGAGUUCAAGCACGACGAGACCAACCGGGCCUGGUGGACGGGCAAGUGGCACGGACGUGGAUUGGGCUCGCAUGCGAUCUCGCAGCCUCUUCGCGAGUAUGUCUGUAAGAUCAUCGAGAUGUCGAUGUUUGCAUGCGACUUCCUCAUGGGUCAUGUCAUCCUGAUCCUGCUGUUCCCUAUCUGUUUGAUCCCCUGGAUUGACCGGUGGCAUUCGACCAUGCUGUUCUGGCUGCGUCCCAGCAAACAGAUCCGGGCACCCAUCUUUUCGGCCAAGCUCCGGGCCCAGCGUCGUUGGACGGUGUUGGGAUAUGGAUUGUUGUUCAUCAUUGUUGCUGCGGUCUUUGUCCUCUUGAUCAUUGGACCCAUCGUCUUCCGCGAGCGGAUGCCCAACAACCUUGGAAAGAUCAUUCCCGUCUAG